CAAGAACAUAGUAGUAGUGGCUUCCGUAACUAAGCCCACCCGGCUCGGCCUCACCCAACCAACCCAUGACCUCCCCACCGGCUCUCUUAUCUUCGUCGGCGGCGCAGCAGCUGCCGCCGUGGCGCCCUCACCGCCGCCGUCUCGUCCCCAACCCAGCCUGCGCUUCGAGGUCCUCUGCCAUCCUAGCGCGUCGCGCCGGUGCGCCCUACCGUCCGCAGCCGCAGCCGCGCCUCGUGGCUGCGCAGUCGCAUCCUCCUCCUCCCCCGCUCCCCGCCGUUGGCGCCGUCCGGAGGGACGCGGAGACGGGGCUCGCCCUGCUCCUCGUCGUUCUCGCUGCGGUAUUACGCCUCUCCUUGUGCCUGCUGCCUUCGGAUUUGUCUUCGUCCUGGUGGUGCUGGGGAAACCAAGAAGUGAUGAGCUCCUUUCUGUCACUGACCAUCCUAUCGUUUACAGCAUGCAGAACGCUGCAUAAAUUGAAAACGGCAGCAAAUAGGUUGGCAAAAGUUGUGGCAGAAGAGGCACCUGGAACUCUAUCUUCACUAAAGCUGUCCUUCUUGGAGAUCAAUGAUUUAACUAGCCAACUAAACAACCUUAGGAAGAGGAUCACAAUAAGUAGAUUUGGGAACGAGGCUAGUCCUAAGACAAGUUCUCGGACUGGAUGGCCAAAAUAUGGGGAUACAUGAACUAUUCUCCAAGAGCCACAUCCCCAUACGGCGCCUUGCUGGCUUGCCCCUUGGACGAUGCUGCACGUAAGAGAUGACGGUGGUCGUGCAGAAAAAGGUAACUUGUGCAGACGAGGUCAACAGUUCCAAACACUCCAGUCCAGCCCCAACUGACCCGGAAAAAGCCUGGUCCCCGUUGGCCACUAGUCGCCAAGAAAAUGUGAAUCCUGCCUGGCUGCCUGGCAACUGAAGCUAAUAGCUAUGGCUCCAUCUGCACGCUCAAAAUGUUGCCUCAAACGAUUUGAUCUUUCGCUAAACUACGGCCGAUCGAAUUUUCCGCCGGAGGAUGUAUGUAAUUGUUUGUGGCGCAAAAAAAUUUGGCAGGAAUAUCAAAAGUGAGGCUGUCGAACUCGAAUUCGUAA